UCGUAUAACAGUAGUUAAUCGGUCAAAUGAAGACUUAUGAUAAGGGGAACAUAAAUAUGUAUGAUCUAAUUACUUAGUAAUUAUACGAUAAGUAUAUGUAUAUUAUCAUAGUUUAUAAAUAAUUCUUGGAAGCUACCACCCACUUAUUCUUCGUUCAUACAUAAAAAAUUCAAACAAAGUCAGGGAUGAAGGGGGUUAGAAGAUAUAUUUGUAAGAUGGUUAAUGCGUCAAAAGGUAUGUGGUACAAGCUGGCUAGGUGAAGGGGCUGCAUAGCAUGACGUACAUAACAGAGCGUGUUAAAUGAAACUGACGAUCUCAAGAUCAAUAUCAAAGACCCGCAGAAUUAUUUGUUUUGGGGAUUCAUCCACAUACUGAGCAGAAUCCACAUGCUGCGGAAGCUUUGUUCUCAAGGUCGAGGUGUGUAACAAGUCAGUUAAUAGUGUUUGCUGUCUGUGUCCACCUUCACUAAUGUUGAAACAUGUUUGCAAUUUUUUGAUAGGUUUGUUAAUCUCAUCAUUUGCUGCCAGCAUCUGGUUUUCAAAGACAUCGAUGUAUUCUGUAGCUCUAAUUACUUGUCCCAAUUUCACAGUCGCGGAAACUAUUGCAGAUACUCUAGUUAGUAGAAAACUGGCAGCUUGUGUCAAUAUCAUACCCUCAAUUAAGUCUGUUUACGUUUGGGAAGGGAAGGUGGAAAAGUCAGACGAACUUCUUCUAAUGGCGAAAACUCAAUCAAAGUUGGUACCUUCUCUAACGGAGGUUGUCAAAGAAAUCCAUCCUUAUGAAUGCCCGGAAAUCAUUAGCUUAAACAUUGAGGGGGGUUACCCACCGUACCUUAAAUGGAUUAUGGAAUCCACAUCUUAGUAGUAAAAAUGAAAUUGUACAUUUAAAUAAUAAAUAAUUUUCAUACUCUAGUCAUUCUGUAAAGUUUUACCUCUUAGUAUAAAAGAAUUUUUUAGAUAUGGGUUCUGCUGCCUCUCACCAAACUCGAGAUGUGACUUUCCACCCCGACGAUAUUGUAAUUAGCGAAGAUGUAAUUAAGCGAAUCAAAAAUGCUGCUACCACCGAGGAUAAUACGAAAGAUGACGUUCGUGCCCCAGAAUCGUUCAAACCGCAAUAUAGCCUAGGUUUAAAACAUGAACUAGAAGAGGCAGAAAGAAGAUACGGAAAGCUCCUGCAACUAUUAGAAAAACGUAAUGAACAACUGUUCAACGAGGCUGCAGAAGAAUAUACACGGACAGUUGAGCGUUUAGAAAACAAGUACAUGAGACCUACUCCUGGGGGGUGUUGUGCUGCAGCUGAACAAAGAGUCGAAGAUUGUUAUAAGCAGAAUCCUGGAAGAAUACUUUUGUGUUCCAAACUUGUUUCAGAGUAUGAUCGUUGUGUGCAAAAUUUCCUUGUCACUAUGUCUAGGAAAGUGUCAAAUGCUGCCUGAAACUAAUACAAUACCACUUUAUAUUUUAUGGAUUCCUAUUCUAAAAAAAAUUCUAUAAUUGUCUUACACAUUGUAGCAUGCCAUUUUCAAUUAAAUGAUUAGUAGUUGUAAUGAUUAUCCUUGUACAAAUCAAAUCAUACUUUAUAUGUAGUGUUAUUUGACAUUUGUUUCAAUUUAAUGUUGAAUAUCUAAACACAAGCCAAAACGACCUUAAUUUUCAGCUAAACAAGAGAACGAAACACUGUGGUUUAUACUUAUGUUAACAGUGAUCAUAUUAGAUUAAGAUGUAGUUCUAUUCAGUUGUGAUCAUUUAUUAAAUAUAACAUCUUGAAUACAUAUGUUAGUGAUUGACAGUCCAUACAAAACUGAUAAGGUAUAGCACCUAAUUUAUGAAUCUGUUUUUUAAUUUGACCAAUCCUUCCACUCGCUAGGUCGUUCUCAAAGUGGUUUGAUCGUUACUUGAGUGAACAUUUUGUACAAAUCUUUACCAGUUUGUACAUAAUAACAUUCCAAUAUUUUAUUGACCUAAUAGUUUUGAAAUGAAAAGAUAUGCAUAUUUAUCAGUCUUUGUCAUAACAUUGGUUGAGGAUUUCGUUUAUAUUUAUAAGUUAUGCGAAUAACACUGAUACAAAAAUUAUGCUAUCAGUUUGCCGUAAUUCACUUUUUGUCUGUCGAACAAUAAAUGGUUUGUAGAUAUUAAUAAACGU